UGCUUUUAUAUAUAUGAGAAAUAGCUAAUUCUUGGCGUUGGCAAGCGUGCGUCGCUCAAGCAGCCGAACCUAGCAGGACCCAGAUUCAUCAGACUUGGUAUGAAAAGUCAAAUACCUAGACGUUACUUCUGACUGCAGUAUACAAGAACUGUACCUUGAUUAAUAUGCUGUGCUGCAUAGAAAGUGCCGUAUAGAGGUGUCCAUCGUCUAUUUAAGGGUAACUUACUGCGCUCAGGCAUUGAUGAAACAUAUUUUAGCCUCAGGCCGCCAACGGGAACGUCACUUUCUCAAGUUGCAGCUCUUUACCCCCAUCACUGAGCCUCACCAUCGGUUCAAUCUUCGCAAAGCACUCCUCCUUGUCGAAAGGGACAUCAAAGCCCUGGAAGAGCAGGAUAUACAUACCCUAGACCAAAAUGUGCUGAAACGUGACAUGCCAGAGCCAACGCCAGAAUAUGUCGACAGAGAAGACGAUACCGACAGUUUAACUUUAUGCACCCUAUGUCUGGAUCUAAUCACUCACCCAUUCCGUGUCACCAGGAUCGGCGAUUACAAUAUUCGCAAUCUAUACCGGAUGGUUGACCCUGAGUAUGGCGCAUUGUCGAUAGUUCAUGUUGCUAAAGCUUCCAAGCCGCAUAUGAAAUGUAUCAUGCACAACGACCUCAACGUAGAUGAUAGUCAUCUGCUUUACGGGGACAUAUUGACUGUCAUUCGGAUCCUCGAUAUGGUUGCACUAGCAUACUUUGAUGGCCAGGAACUGUUGAUUUGCCGCACUAAGCCCUACGACUUUACAUUUCUCAGCAUUGCUGGGUUCAAGAUCCUUGCACAAUGGUUUCUGGGCGAUCAUAUUGGUAUCACGUCCAGAGAAGCGGUCCGGACUUGA